UUUGUCCACUCCUGCUUCUUAUUUUCUCCGCCUCCAUUUCUCACUCUCUAUAGUUUCUUAAACAGCUUCUCUCUUGUUCAAAACUCCUACUAUGGAUACUGAGAUGCCAAAACAAGAGAUAUCCUUUAUUUGGCCACCGAAAAUGGCCACCAAAUCUUCGAAAACUUUCUUCGUAGCCCAAAUGUCCCUGAGAAUGGUGGUAGUUGCUUUCACAUUAGCCGGGGCGAUUACCAUGGUAACCAGUGAGCAGUCAGUAACCAUCUUUGGAAUCGUUAUGCAAGCCCGUUAUACCUACUCAUCUGCUUUCAGGUUCAAGGUUAUUGCAGAUUCGGUUGUUUGCGCCAUCUCAUUACUGUCAGUGCUUCUUGUUUAUUCAUUUAGUCAUCGCAAAUCCAAUACCAACAAUUACUUUUUCUUGCUCUGCCAUGAUAUGGUAAAUAUGAUCGUGUUGAUAUCGGGAUGCGCAGCAAGUACAGCAAUCGGGUCCGUGGGAAAAUAUGGACAGAGCCAAACAGGCUGGAUAAAAAUUUGUGAUCGAGUGGACAAAUUUUGUGACAGAAUUUUGGUGUCAAUUGCGCUAUCUUACUUGGCUUCCAUUUCCUUAUUUGUGCUAACAAUAAUGGGUGCCUACAAGCUCAAGUCUCUGGCCGUAGAAUGAAGUGGAAAAAGACCACCCACCUUUCCUGCCUUGCUUUUUCUAUAAUUUCAGUUAUCUUUAUCGUCUUUGGUUAGUAAAAAAAGAGGAGAUCUUGUCUUACAUGUUCAAACAAGCUUUACAUAAAUGUGAUGGUGUUGAAUGUAUGAAAUGACUUCUUCUUCUUC